UGAUUCAUCACGCAGUGCGCAUGCGCAGACCGUUCUUGUUCUCUCGUCGUAGCAAGGCGAGAAAGCGCGGCCGCUUGUCCGCAUGUUAUUAAGUAGACCAAACUUUACAUAAGUUCUUCACAUAUUUCCCAUUUCAACCCUGUUUCAUGGAAGAUUCUGGUGCGCAGAUGACGGGGAUAUUAGACACAGAUGCCCCUGCUACGGAAGGCGCAGGAAGCGAAUGUGCUACAGACCCGACCGCUGCCGGCUGGACCGCGGGACCGGUUCCUCCCGCAAAUCAGGAAAGCCACGAAUACGAGGCAGUACAACAACAGCUGUAUUCGAUGGAGCAUAUAAAGACUGAAGCAGAAAACAUCAACCAGGCAGAUCCCACCAUAAAUUACCCUGGACAGGUUAUCCCACAGCCUCCAGAAUCAAACGGCCAGGACACGACCCAAUCUUCAGAGCCCGAUGCGGUGAAAGAAGAAGCGGGUGACUCCGAGAGCCCUACUAACAUGGAGCUCGAGGACGCUCCCAAAGAGGAGGGAGCAGAAGAGGCGAUCGGUGCUGCCGGUGAACAAGAACCCGGACUUCCUUCUGAAUAUGAUAGACUGUGGAAGGCUGUGGAAGAUAAUCCUGAAGAUUUCAACGGCUGGGUUUAUCUUCUGCAGUAUGUUGAACAAGAGAACCACCUGUUGGCUUCGAGGAAGGCGUUUGAUGCAUUUUUCCUGCACUAUCCCUACUGUUACGGCUAUUGGAAGAAGUAUGCAGACAUUGAGAAGAAACAUGGCUUUAUACAGAUGGCAGAUGAGGUAUAUCGACGUGGCCUUCAGGCCAUCCCGCUCAGUGUGGACCUGUGGCUUCAUUACAUCACGUUCCUGAGAGAGAACCAAGACAACAGUGACGGAGAAGCUGAAAAUCGCAUUAGAGCGUCAUACGAGCAUGCGGUCCUCGCCUGUGGUACAGAUUUCCGCUCGGAUCGUCUGUGGGAAGCCUAUAUCAGCUGGGAGACCGAGCAGAACAGGCUGGCCAAUGUCACGGCCGUUUAUGACCGAAUCCUCUGCAUUCCUACUCAGCUGUACUCCCAGCACUUCCAGAAGUUCAAAGACCACGUGCAGAACAAUAAUCCCAAACACUUCCUGUCUGAAGAAGAGUUCGUGCAGCUCCGGGUGGAACUGGCCAACGCAAACAGACCCAACGGAGACGACGCCCCGGGUGAAGAGCUUCCGCCGGGUACGGACGACCUGCCGGAUCCCGCAAAGAGAGUGACUGAGAUCGAGAACAUGAGACACAAAGUGAUCGAGACUCGUCAGGAGAUCUUUAACCACAACGAACACGAAGUGAGCAAGCGCUGGGCGUUUGAAGAAGGGAUUAAGCGUCCAUAUUUCCACGUCAAAGCCCUGGAGAAGACCCAGCUCAACAACUGGCGAGAGUACCUUGACUUUGAGCUAGAAAAUGGCACGCCGGAGCGGGUGGUGGUUCUGUUCGAGCGCUGCCUGAUCGCCUGCGCGCUGUAUGAGGAGUUUUGGAUCAAGUACGCCAAGUAUCUAGAGAGCUACAGCACUGAAGGGGUGAGACACAUCUACAAGAAGGCCUGCAGCAUCCACCUGCCCAAGAAACCCACCGUUCAUCUCCUUUGGGCGGCUUUUGAGGAGCAGCAAGGAAACAUCGAUGAGGCGCGUGGCAUUUUGAAAGCGAUAGAGGAAGCUGUUCCGGGUCUGGCCAUGGUGAGGUUGCGCAGGGUGAGUCUGGAGCGGCGUCACGGCAACAUGGAUGAAGUGGAAGCCUUGUUACGCGAUGCUAUUACCAAUGGAAGGAACGGCAGCGAGUCGUCGUUCUAUGCUGUUAAACUGGCUCGACAGAUGCUUAAGGUGCAGAAGAACAUUGCGAAGGCCAAGAAGGUGUUGCUGGAGGCUGUGGAGAAAGAUGAGACAAAUCCAAAGCUAUAUCUGAACCUGUUGGAGCUGGAGUACAGUGGUGAUGUUCAGCAGAACGAAGCUGAAAUCAUCGCCUGCUUUGAUCGAGCGCUGGGCAGCUCCAUGUCACUGGAGUCACGCAUCACAUUCUCUCAACGCAAAAUCGAGUUUCUCGAGGACUUUGGCAGUGAUAUCAAUGUGCUUGUGGCUGCCUAUGAAGAGCAUCAGAGGCUUGAAAAGGAGAGCGAAUCAUUGAAGAGGAAAGCAGAGAAUGGCUCGCAGGAGUCCGACUCAAAGAGACAGCGGACAGAUGACCAAUCGGCAGCUUCGGGUCAAAUGAUGCAGGACAUGCAGGCUAACAGUGCAGGAUACAACUACAACAACUGGUAUCAGCAAUAUAAUUCCUGGGGAGCUCAGAAUUCUUGGGGUCAAUAUGGGCAGUACGGGCAGUACAACCAGUACUAUCCUCCACCGCCAACAUAACCGACUACAGCUUCAGAACAGUGAUCUUUUUACCUACGGCUUCAUGUUCAUCAUCAACAUUCAUACAGUCACUCACUCGGAUCAGACUAUAGUGUGUGUUUCUGUUCUGGCAUGUGUUGAAAGUGCAAAUGAGUUUUUAAUGAAAUUUGGUUGAUUUGGUGGCUGUCUGUUGUUGGUUCAGUUAUGUUAGAUGAAACCUUUACAUUUGUGUGGAAGUUGAAAACGUAACCCUUUAACCUCAUCCGUGCUCUGCUAUAUGUGAUGGUGUUUUCAGAGAUAAACAUGACAUGAAGACAUUUUUUUUAUUUCAACUUGAUUUCAUAAUAAAGAAAUUGACAUGCUAUCA